AUGUGUGAGCGGUAUACGGGUAGAACGAUUUAUGCCCGUAUACUCAUUGAGAUGUCGGCUAAAGAUCCUUUGGCAAAAGAAAUAAAAAUCAAAGCAUUCACGGCUAAAGGCGCUACCUAUACCUCCCUUAGAGUGGAGUAUUCUUGGAUCCUUAAAAGAUGCGACCAUUGCAAAAACUUUGGUCAUGACCACACCACUUGCCCCUCUCACACGACUAGCGCUCCCGUCCAAAAGACGUCCACGCCCAUUCCGAAAGAAGUUGACAAAGAAGGUUUUCAAACAGUUAUAAGGAAGUCUAGAGCAAUUCCUAUCCCUAAAAAGAAAGUUCAAGUCGACAACCGCAAAAGCAAAGGUCCCACCCUAAAGAUCUCUCAAGUCUUCAAGCCAAUCAUCGUGAUCCGAAGAAGAAAAAUAUAUCGACCAACAUGUUUGAUCCUCUUUCACACCAAAGAGUUGAGGAUUCUCAAGAAGAUUCUUGCAUCCCUCCUGUUAUUCAUUCCAGAGAUACUCACCCGACUUCUGACGCCUAGAAAGGAAGACAUUGUUCAUGGUGUUCUUAAUGGGCAUGGAGGUUCUGAAUCUAUUACCACCUCCGGUUCUUCAUCUGCUCUUUGUGUUAGCAACCAUAGUAACAAAGCUUUCUUCUUCUCUGAUGCUUAUGAGGUUGCUUUUGAAACUAAGGGACUUGGUGAUAAAGCUUCUUCAAAGACUGCUGCUAAAGAUGUCGAAGAUUUUGAGGAUGGUGAUGAAGCUAUCUCUCAUGAUCCAUCCUGUUUUCCUUUAAUGUGA